AUGAACACAACCUUCAACGGCGCUCUCAAGCAGAGCACCUCGAUCCGCAAAGACCUAGCCAACCUCUCCAGCCACCCCUCAUCCGACCCAAAUGCGCCCCCGUCGGCCGCCCAGAUAAGCCCCGCCGCGCUGGGGUCCCUCAGCGCCUCCCUGACCGCCUUCCAGCGCACCAUCGACGAGUACAACUCCCUCGCGAAGCAGGAGCUCAACCCGGCCAAGCAGGAGAAGGCCCUCGAGCGCAUACGCAACUUCCGCACAGAGCUGUCCGACUACCGCAGGGAGUUCGAGUCCCUCAAGACCGCGCGCGACGAGGCGCUGCACACCCAGGACCGCGGCGAGCUCCUCGGCCGCCGGCCCUACGCCGCCACGCCCGAGAACCCGUACGCUGCCAGCUCGGGCGCCGCGACGUCCAGUUCAUACGGCGGGUACGGUGGCGGGGGCCAUGUGCGCAACACGAGCGGCGGGGCCGGGGUGGGAGGAAGCAGUAGCAGCGGUGGCGGGUACGGGAUGGGCAGCAACGACGUGACGCGCGAGGACCACGCGCUGCGGGAGCAGAACUUCUUCGCCAGCACCAACUCGGCGCUGGACGAGUACAUCGCGCGCGGGCAGGCGGUGCUCGGGGACCUGGGCACGCAGCGCGAGAUGCUCAAGGGCACGCAGAAGAGGCUUUACUCGGUCGCCAACACGCUCGGGGUGUCUGGGGACACGAUCCGCAUGAUUGAGCGGCGGGCGAGGGAGGACAAGUGGAUCUUCUGGGCGGGCGUUGUGGUAUUCUUUUUGUUUUGCUGGUUGUGUCUGCACUUCCUGCGGUGA